AUGGAUGCUUUAAAUUCGGUGAGAGAUUUCCCGAGGCGCAGCGUCUGGUUCGUGAAGCGUUGCCAGAAGCCCGAUCUCAACGAAUUUACUAAGGUGGCCGCUCGAACGGCCGUCGGCAUCGUCGUCAUGGGUUUCCUUGCUUUCUUCGUCAAGUUGAUUUUCAUUCCUAUCAACAAUAUUAUCGUUGGCGCUGUCUAGUUAAACUUUUUUUUUUGAAUUCUUUUUAGAAAGAUUGUCACUUAGAGCCUAUGUGGGAAAUUUGUAGUUAUGUUGCAUUUAAUUCUUAACAGUUGGUUAUGUUGCAUUUAAUUGAUUUGUCCAUAAUGAAAUAUACAUGAGUGACCGAAAAGCUUU